AUGCCCACAUCUUGGUCGUCCUGUUGGUCGCGGAUUGGCUUUUGGCCCUCCAUGGGCGACUGCAGACGACAUCGUGUGACCUCAUAUGAGAUAAUGGUAUCGUUUGACGUGGUACCGUUAUUCACCUACAUUCCGACCGGCCUCGCCGUUAGCACUGUCGAUGAACUUCUUCAAGAAAAGUAUGAGGAAGAUGAUCAACAACUCAAAAGGAAGCACGUCACAGAACUCUUGGAAUUACGCCUCAAGAUCGAGUUUACGAGCAAAAUAAUGGAAUACCGAUGGGCUCCCCCAUGUCUGGGUUAA